AUGAAUAAAAUAUACUACAUACUAUUUUUAAGCGCCCAGUGCCUUGUGCACAUCGGUAAGUGCGGGCGAAACCAGAAGCCGAGCAGACUGACUCGCAGCGCUAACAAUGUUUUGUUGGAAAAGGAGCCUAUGAUUGAGAGAAGUACACGAAUGAGUAACCCAUGGAAGGCGUUCAUGAAAAAGUACGAUGUCGAAAAAACACACGGUUCUGGGGUUCGAGUUGAUUUAGGGGAAGAUGCAGAAGUGGGAAAUUCCAACUAUAGAAUACCAGCUGGAAAAUGUCCAGUUUUUGGAAAGGGUAUCGUUAUAGAAAAUUCUCAAGUUAGCUUCUUACAACCUGUAGCUACAGGAAAUCAGAAUUUGAAGGAGGGAGGUUUGGCUUUCCCCAACACAACUCACAAUAUUUCCCCUAUGACAAUAGAAAACCUUAGACAAACAUAUAAAGAGAAUCCGGAGUUGAUGAAGCUAGACGAUAUAGCUUUGUGUAGAACCCAUGCAGCUAGCUUUGUCAUGUCAAAUGAUCAAAAUUCGUCUUAUAGACACCCAGCCGUUUAUGACGAACAUUCAAAAACAUGUUACAUGUUGUAUGUAUCAGCACAAGAAAAUGUGGGUCCAAGAUACUGUAGCCCGGAUGAAGAAAAUAAAGAUGCCUUGUUUUGCUUCAAGCCAGAUAAAACUGAAGCUUUUAAACAUCUGGUGUAUUUAAGCAAAAAUGUGUAUAAUGAUUGGAAAGAUAAAUGCCCCCGUAAAAAUUUAGGAAACGCUAAAUUUGGAUUAUGGGUGGAUGGGACCUGUGAAGAAAUCCCAUACGUUAAAGAAGUGGAGGCACAAAAUCUACACGAAUGCAACAGAAUCGUUUUCGAAGGUAGCGCUUCAGAUCAACCAAGUCAGUACGAAGAAGAACUCACCGAUUAUAAAAAAAUACAAGAAGGAUUCAAAAAUAACAAUCAGGACAUGAUAAAAAGUGCCUUUCUUCCAGUGGGUGCAUUCAACUCGGACAAGUUUAAGAGUAAAGGAAGAGGAUUUAACUGGGCCAAUUUCGAUUCUGAAAAUAAGAAGUGUUACCUUUUUAAUACCAAACCCACGUGUCUCAUUAAUGACAAAAAUUUUAUUGCAACCACGGGGUUAUCUCACCCGGAAGAAGUAGACCCUCAGUUUCCGUGCAGCAUAUACCAAGACGAAAUUGAAAGAGAGAUUAAGAAAGAAACAAGGAACAUACAGCUGUACAGUGUUGAGGGGGAACGGAUUGUCAUGCCAAGGAUAUUUAUCUCCAACAAUAAGGAAAGUCUCAAAUGUCCAUGCGAGCCUGAACACAUUACCAACAGUACCUGCAAUUUUUACGUUUGUAAGUGUAUUGAGAAAAGACAAGAAAUUAAGGAAAAUAACGAAGUUGUCAUAAAGGACCAAUAUAAGCAGUUUUACCAACACGGGGAGGACAACUCCAGGAAUAAGAUGAUACUAAUUAUUAUCGCAAUAACUGGAGGUGCCUGCGUGGUCGGAGUGGCCUCCAUGUUUUACUUCAGGAAGAAAGCUAACAAUGAUAAGUAUGACCACAUGGAGCAGGCAGAUGCGUACGGGAAUCCCACCACCAGGAGGGAUCAGAUGCUCGACCCCGAGGCCUCCUUCUGGGGCGAGGACAAGCGGGCCUCCCACACCACGCCUGUGCUGAUGGAGAAGCCUUACUACUAA